CACCUGUCCAAAGUUCAGCUCCUUGCUCACCAACACCUGAUACCGGAAAAAGUAGAGCUCCACAUUGGUGACGUCGUGCCCGGGAAGGAAGUCACACUGUACAACGCUAAAUUCGCCUUGUUGGGUUACGUGACGCUCUCAGACAACGAACACUCUCAGUUUAAAGCCAGAGAGCUCAAGAGCGUGACGGUCGAGUGUACAGGCACCUUCCUUAAACUAGUGUUGCAUAAGAACCACGUGAAUCGUAUCAACCUCUACAACCAGAUCGGGUUGGUGGCCCUCAACGCGUUAGGUAAUGAGGUAGAGGCCAACAACAACAGUGUAUCUCCUGACGGUGAAGGAGGCCAGGUACCGGGAGGCCGCCAGCAGGAGGUACCUCUCUAUCAUGACCUGGCCUAGCUAUGUACGUCGACACCCAGGUAGCGGUCACCAUCACCACCCUGGAGGACCGUAGGGCUGCUGCCG